AUGGCCUUCGCCUCUGACGCCCCCGAGUCUCCUUCCGAGGGUCUCCAACAACGUUCCCCGCGAUAUCCGGGCGAAGACACUACACCGACCGGCCGGCGCGAAAUCCUGGGGUGGUAUGCGUAUGGCAUUGCGGCCGAGGUUUUUGCUGUCUGCGGCGUGGGCUCCUUCCUACCCCUCACGCUGGAACAGCUUGCGCGCGAACGUGGUAUCCUCCAGUCGAGCCAUCUGCCAUGUGUCGGUCCCGGCUCUCCAUCAGCAUCUCCGAAUAAUGGAACUGCACCGGCCUUGAUGGCCCGUGAUGGGACGGAGAAUGAACAAUGUGUGGUAGGUCUGUUUGGGCUGGACAUCAAUACCGCCAGUUUCGCCAUGUACACCUUUUCCCUCGCGGUGCUCGUUCAAGCUUUGACCCUGAUAUCCUUCAGCGCUCUGGCGGACUACGAGAAUAACCGGAAAACCCUUUUGCUGGCCUUUGGUUUCAUUGGUUCUGUCACUAGCAUGCUGUUUGUCUUCAUCGCACCUCCGGUGUUUGUUCUCGGCGCGAUUCUGGUGGUUAUUGGAGUGACCUGUUUGGGAUCAUCGUUUGUCGUUCUGAAUUCUUUCUUGCCUGUUCUGGUGGCCAAUGACCCGUCCAUCGAGGACGAUCGCAAGGAAGAGGAAUUGCCCCAUAUGGACCAUGAUGGACACUAUGCAUUUGACGAAGAUGAGGAAGGAUUUAGCCAACCUCCACCAGGUGCGGGAGCGAAAUCCUCCAGCUCAGCUCCGGAACUGCAGCUUUCCACUCGGAUUUCAUCCAAGGGUGUUGGACUUGGGUAUUGCGCAGCAGUCUUUGUGCAAAUUUUGAGUAUUUUGCUGCUCAUUGGUCUGGGCAAAACAUCUAUAUCCAAAGCAUCAGCCACUCUGCCUCUACGGUUUGUGCUGCUCCUGGUUGGUAUCUGGUGGUUCGCAUUCACAAUGGUUUCCCGUCGGUUAUUGCGUGACCGCCCAGGACCUCCGCUUGAACACGGAACAACAGGCCAGAAGAGCCGAUGGCGGGCUUGGCUUCACCUGGUCGGCUUUGCGUGGAAAUCGCUCUGGAAGACGGUCAAGGUGGCCGUGAGGCUACGUGAAGUGCUCGUGUUUCUGGUUGCUUGGUUUCUUUUGUCCGACGCGAUGGCUACUGUGUCCGGGACAGCGAUUCUGUUUGCGCGGACGGAACUGAAGAUGAGCACUACAUCUGUGGCGUUGCUGUCUAUCACAGCGACCCUGUCAGGAAUGGCGGGCGCUUUCCUGUGGCCGGUGGUGUCGCGACGAUUCGGACUCAAGUCAAACCACACGAUUAUCGUGUGUAUCGCUCUGUUUGAGCUCAUUCCGCUGUAUGGUAUGCUGGCCUAUAUCCCGAUAUUCAAAAAGUGGGGAGUGAUUGGCCUGCAGCAGCCGUGGGAGAUUUUCCCGCUGGCUAUCGUGCAUGGAGUGGUUGGGGGAGGCUUGUCGUCGUACUGCCGGUCGUUUUUCGGACUGCUGAUUCCCCCUGGCAGCGAGGCGGCGUUCUACGCGCUGUAUGCAGCCACGGACAAGGGCAGUUCGUUCAUUGGACCGGCGGUGGUUGGCGUGCUGAUUGACGCGACUGGCCAGGUACGGUCUGGGUUUUUCUUCAUUGGAAUCUUGAUCAUCACACCGAUUCCGUUGGUGUGGAUGGUGAACGCAGAAAAGGGACGCCGAGAGGCAUUGGCGAUGGCAGAGACCUUGGAGAAGACGCACGAUGAGAGAGAAUUCCACGCGGAUGGAAGUGGUCGGGAAGAGGCGGAAGGGCUACUUGCAAGGGAUAUAUAA